AUGGGCCAACCUCCUAUUCCACCAACUCCAAGUGAGACCAAUGUCAGUGGUAAAACGAUCAUCAUCACUGGUGGUAAUGCUGGCUUGGGAUACGACGCCGCUAGGCAAUUCCUUACGUUAGGUGCCUCUCGCGUAAUUCUAGCAUGUCGCUCUAUUACUCGCGGACAAGAAGCCGUCUCAUCUCUCCGUGCUGAGCCCACUGUCAAAAUGUCCAAUCCCGACGCGAUGAUAGAAGUGUUCGAGCUCGACCUUGAUGACUACCAGUCUGGACUUCGCUUUUGCAACAAGGUGAAAGAUGAAGUCAAAGAACUCGAUAUACUCUUGAACAAUGGCGGACAGGUCGUUUUGGGGUAUGAGAAAAGCAAGAGUAACCAUGAGCGGAACAUGCAAGUAAACUGUUACACCCACCUUCUAAUUUGUCUCGAACUGUUCCCGCUACUGCGAUCUACGGCUGCGGUUAGAGGAUUGCCCUCUCGCAUCACAUUUACAGGCUCUGCCACCCAGAUAAAGCAAAAUACUCUUACCAAGAAGCCUGUCCCAUCUAACAGUACGAUAAUCGGCCACUUUGAUGAUGAAGCCAACUUCAGCAAAUUCUUUCGUUACGCUGAUACCAAAACCGUUGUCAAUGCUUACGUUCGUCGCCUGGCAGCCUUGGCACCCUCUGAGGUCAUCGUCAAUAACCCUUGUCCUGGGCUUGUGCAAACGGGUCUGGAUAAGAAUUUGCCAUUUUAUCUAAAGCUUCCCAUGGUGCUCGUCCGCAAGUCUAUGGGCCGUACCGUAGAGGAAGGCGCGCGAACACUUAUCUACGCAACCGUCGUUGCGGGACCUGAAACUAAUGGCAAGUUUCUGCAGCAUAAUAAAGUCGACCCAGGUGCUGCUUAUCUCAAUACUCCUGAGGGAGAGGAGUUUAUUAGCAAACUCUGGAGAGAGGCUGUUCAAGAUAUUGCUGCUGUUGAUCCCGCACUUGGAUCUUAUGCUUAA